AUGAAACUUCUCAAACUUCCGUGGGUGGCUCAUAAAGAGGAACACCGCAAAUACGAGGUCUACACAGCAGAUGUAAGCCCCGAUGGCCAAAGACUGGCUACCGGGGGAUUGGACGGGAAAAUAAGAAUUUGGCUUAUAGCUGAUAUCUUAAAAUGUGCCGAUACAAACUCGCCUCUAGACCAGGAACUGAAAGCACCAUUGGCAAGCAUGAGUAGACACACUGGGUCGGUCACCGUGGUGAGAUUCUCUCCAGAUGGAAAAUUUCUAGCUUCCGGUUCUGACGACCGAAUUCUACUUAUUUGGGAACGAGAUGAGGACCAGAAACAGCCCCUUUUUGGCUCGGAAAAUGAUAAAGAGCAUUGGAACGUACGACGCAGAUUAGUAGCUCACGAUAACGACAUUCAGGACAUAUGCUGGGCCCCCGACUCUAGCAUUUUAGUCACAGUGGGGCUCGACAGAUCCGUCAUUGUGUGGAAUGGGGCAACUUUUGAGAAAAUCAAGCGCUUUGAUGUGCACCAGUCUCUGGUCAAAGGUGUGAUCUUUGAUCCAGCCAACAAAUAUUUUGCAACCGCGUCGGACGAUAGAACUUUGCGAGUGUUUCGCUACCAUAAGGCUGGUGAUUUGAGCUUUUCAGUCGAGCACGUCGUUUCGGAGCCCUUCAAGGGCUCCCCCAUAACAACCUAUUUCAGACGACUGUCGUGGUCUCCGGAUGGACAGCAUAUUGCAGCACCAAAUGCUACUAAUGGGCCCGUCUCGUCCGUGUCGAUUAUUUCUCGUGGUAAUUGGGAUACCAGCGUCACUUUGAUCGGCCAUGACUCCCCCACAGAGGUUGUACGCUUCAAUCCAAGACUUUUUAGUGUUUCGCAGAAGAAGCCCAAAACUGCGACUACAGAAGAUAUCAAAAAAGAUUCAGAUCACAACAGGAAGAUCGAAACUGAAGGAAGUGAGGUUCUGCCAACUGAUGCCGAAAAAGAGCUGGAGCAGCCUGAAUCUGAGGAAUUAAUAGAAGAAAAGGUCGAUUCGGUGAUUGCCACAGCUGGACAAGACAAGACUCUUGUAAUAUGGAGCACUGGUAGAGCUAAGCCUCUUGUGAUCGCAUACGACAUUGCCAGCAAGACGAUUACAGAUAUGGCUUGGAGCCCAGACGGCUCCAUUCUGUUUCUGACGUCGCUAGACGGUUCGAUAAUAACUAUUGUAUUUGAGCCAAAUGAACUAGGAGAGGCCAUUCCAUUGGAAAAGAACAUUGAGCAACUUCACAGGUAUGGUGUCGAUAAAGACUCGUUCGAAUUUCCUGAAAGUGUAAAGCAACUGGAACUUGAAGACGAGGCCAAACGGUUGGAAAAGACAGAACUGAAAAUGAAGAUAGCCGCUCCAAGUUUAGCUGUAGGUCAAGAGCCAUCGGAAAGUUUGGUGGACUCCUCGAUCGCGGGUACGGUCCAAAAGCCAGCUGUCCUUAGUGUGAAAAGGAAGGAACCUUCAGCAGGAACGAACAUUCAGACGCCGACGAGUAAGAAGCCGGACCUCACACCGCCUACGAGCAGAAGCGACACUCUUAAUACGAUGGUGGUCACGAAUGGACGGAAACGAGUCGCCCCGACCCUGAUAUCCAGCGGUUACUCUCCGACAAAACCCUCAGAGAACAGAGGGCCGUCAUUUGAGGUGCAAGCCACAAGCGUGAAAAAUAUUGAGGCAAAAGAUCUCUUUGAUAGCCUGAAACACAAGCUUGCUCGCCAAUCUUAUCCGCUUCCUAGGUUGGGCAUUCAUUCCUUAAUUAUGGGAGUGAAAGAACGUGGCGUUGACAAAUACGAUCGUGAAGGCCAAAAGCCAGAUGAUGAUUGGGAGACUCGGGAGGAGCUGGAGAAGCCAGAGGAAUCGCGCUCGAAAGAUCAUAUUAUGAAGCUCAAUUCCAGAACUACAGCUGAGCGCAUAUGGUCUGAGGAGCCCAACACACGAUAUGUGGAAACGCACAACGUGAUAUCUGACGCAGACGUAGUUCUCGUGGAGUUUGGUGGAUUGGACGACCUCUAUGUCAUGGAAAUACGCAACGGCGUAGAACGCGGGCUGCAAUUUGACCGCGAUGCGCUUUUCGACAACCCGACGAAAAUCCUAGCUUACCAUCGGGGAGAAAGAGUUAUAGACAUUUUGAUACCUGAGGUUGUUCUUUGCGCGGUGGGAUCCUUGCGAUGUAAAUGUUGGAUAUUGGCCACUGCGGAGGGAAACCUGCUUUUUUACACCUCUUUUGGUCAGCACAAGCUGCCGAAGAUUGCCCUGGGACACAAGGCUAUCAAGAUGACUACGGUGGACAGCUAUUUGCUCGUACUAACCGAGACCGGUUUGCUAUAUGCUUUUGACAUUUUGAACAACAGAUGCAUCAACAAGAAAGUCUCGAUUGCGCCGAUACUUUUCAAUGCGCCGAUCGAUUCGAAUCGAGUCCGUAUUCAAAAAAAAGUGGUCAAGAUUGGCAUUGAUUUGGAGACUCAAGAUUUGAUUGUGAGUCUGAUGAAUCCACGAGAAAAUUACCGUUGGAGUCGGAAUCUGGGUUGCUGGACAGCUCACAGUUAA